AUGGUCACUCGCAAUCGAAUGGAUAAAUACCAAAAACUUGAAAAAAUAGGCGAAGGCACCUAUGGAGUUGUGUAUAAAGCCCGAGAAACAGCAACUGGGGAUUUGGUUGCAUUGAAAAAAAUCCGAUUGGAAACAGAAGACGAAGGAAUCCCUAGCACAGCAAUACGAGAAAUUUCGCUUCUUAAAGAGUUAAAGCAUCCCAAUAUUGUACAGUAAAGCUCUAUUUAGACUAUAUGAUGUGAUUCAUACUGAGCGUAAAUUAACAUUGGUUUUUGAAUUUCUAGACCAAGAUCUAAAAAAACUUAUUGACGCGUACUCAGGACAAGGCCUUGAUAUUGCCACAACUAAAUCUUAUUUAUAUCAGCUCCUUCGUGGAGUUGCGCAUUGCCAUGCCCAUCGUGUACUUCAUAGAGAUUUAAAGCCUCAAAAUUUACUGAUUAAUAGAGAAGGAGCGUUAAAACUAGCUGAUUUUGGCCUUGCCAGAGCAUUUGGGAUUCCUGUCAGAAGCUAUACUCAUGAGGUUGUUACUCUUUGGUAUAGGCCACCAGAUGUCUUGAUGGGGAGUCGAAAUUAUAAUACAUCAGUCGAUAUUUGGUCUGUGGGGUGUAUUUUUGCAGAAUUACUGAAUGGGAAACCUCUUUUCCCUGGAACUUCUAAUAACGAUCAGAUUAGGAAAAUUUUCAAAGUCAUGGGGACGCCGACAGAAGAGAGUUGGCCAGGUAUCAGUCAGCUUUCAGAAUAUAAUAGGAAUUUUGAAAGAUUCCUAGGAGAAGAUCUUAGAGUCAUUGUUCCCAGACUAGAUGAUGACGGCUAUGAUCUAUUAAGUAGGAUGCUGCAAGUUAACCCCAUCAAUAGAAUUAGUGCUGCAGAAGCUUUAAACCACCCUUAUUUAAGGGAUGUUCCUGACUCAAUCAGAGAUAUGAGGUAA